AGUGAGGAGCCGAGCGGAACGGCCUCUGGUGACAUUUUCUCCGGGCGGCGCGGACGAGUGAAGGGACUUGGUGGUGGUAGAGGUUGCGGAGGCGGCACGGCUCGCGCUUGGUCCCGGCAAAGCUCUGACCGCGUCUCUGCUCGCGGUCCAGGUGCGUGCCUGGGAAAGAGGAGGCGGCGGUGGCCGCUGCGUCCCGGGUCACUGCGGCCGGGAGGAAUCCCGGCCAGGGGGUCAGUGCGCUCCCCGACGGGGCGCGCGGAGCGGGCGAGGAGGUGCGGCCGCCGCGGAGCGCAGGUUGCCUUCCUGUUGCAUCUUGGAAAUAAUCUCCUAGACUGCUCCAUGAUUUAAUUCAGUUCUGAAAUGAAGAUGGAGGAGGCAGUGGGAAAAGUCGAAGAACUCAUUGAGUCUGAAGUCCCACCCAAAACAUCUGAGCAAGAGACAGCCAAGGAGGAAGAUGGGUCUGUAGAACUGGAGCCUCAAGGUCAGAAAGAUGGCGUUGCAGAUUCUACAGUUCUUUCUUCAAUGCCUUGCUUGUUAAUGGAACUGAGAAGGGACUCUUCUGAGUCUCAGUUAGCAUCCACUGAGAGUGACAAACCGACAACGGGCCGAGUUUAUGAGAGUGACUCCUCCAACCACUGCAUGCUUUCCCCCUCCUCGAGUGGCCACCUGGCCGACUCGGAUACACUGUCUUCUGCAGAAGAGAACGAACCCUCCCAGGCAGAAACGGCAGUAGAGGGAGACCCUUCUGGAGUGCCUGGUGCCACCAUUGGGCGCAAGUCUAGACGAUCCCGAUCUGAAAGUGAAACAUCCACCAUGGCUGCCAAGAAAAACCGGCAAUCCAGUGAUAAACAGAACGGCCGCGUUGCCAAGGUGAAAGGUCAUCGGAGCCAAAAGCACAAAGAAAGAAUCAGGCUGCUGCGACAGAAGCGAGAGGCUGCCGCGAGAAAGAAGUACAACGUGCUGCAGGACAGCAGCACCAGCGAUAGUGACCUGACUUGUGACUCAAGCACCAGCUCGUCAGAUGAUGAUGAAGAGGUUUCAGGGAGCAGCAAGACAAUCACUGCAGAGAUACCAGGUCAUUUGGAUCCAGGAUUUCUACCAAGUGACAAAACGUCUGCUGGCAAUGCACCCCUCAAUGAAGAAAUCAACAUCGCGUCUUCAGACAGUGAAGUGGAGAUCGUGGGGGUUCAGGAGCAUGCAAGGUGUGUUCAUCCUCGAGGAGGUGUGAUUCAGAGUGUUUCUUCGUGGAAGCAUGGCUCAGGCACGCAGUACGUCAGCAGCCGGCAAGCACAGUCAUGGACUGCGGUGACUCCCCAGCAGACGUGGGCUUCUCCUGCGGAAGUCGUUGACCUCACCUUGGAUGAGGACAGCAGACGUAAAUACCUACUGUAAUCCGCUGUCACUGUGUUUCCUCCGCACUGGUCCCUCCCACGCCCUCCUCCCUUCUGUGGCACAGAAGUUCAUUGUCAUAGCUUCAGCCUCAGGAGCUCUUUGUGGCAUUUGUAGAAUUGAAACUCAUGGAAAAUUAAGACCCCUCCUCCUUUUUUUUUUUUUAAUUAAAAGAAGUCACUUAGGAAAAUAAUUUACCAGAGAAAAGAAUUUCUUUCAGUAAGAAUGUGAGAAUGACUUUUUAUUAGACAAGUUUAUUUUACUUAGUGACUUUCAGUCUUAGAAAACUCUCCUUCCUUUUAGGAUAUUUUAAUUACCAGGGAAAAUGGAUUUCAGGUUUUGAAUCUUUUAUUUAUUUUUCUUUUGUAAUGAAAUGAGUAUCUAGACUUGACCACUACCAGCCCACUCCAUUGGCACUCCUACCUU